AUGAAAUUCCAUUCCUCCUCAUCAUCAUCAUCAUCAUCAUCAUCAUCAUCAUCAUCAUCAUCAUCUACUUUAUCAAAACAAUCAAUAACAACAACAAAAUCAACAACUACUCCAACACCUAAAACUACUCCUACACCAUUUUAUUUAUAUAAAUAUUUAGUUGAUUGGUCAUGGAAACCAGAAUGGUCAGGAACAACUUUAUCAAAUAAUUGUCUAACUGCAACGGAUGCAGGUGAGGGCAAGGCAUGGACAACAUCUGUGGCAUUGACCCCCAUACCUCCAGGACAAGGACUAUACUAUUAUGAAAUUAAAGUUGAUUUUUGUAAUACUUCCAACUCUGUAAAGAUUGUAUUUGGAAUAUUAACAUCAUUAUAUUUAAAUAAUAUAUUAAAAAGAGAGAUUGGAAAGAUGGGAAGUUUAAAGGGAGGAUGUCCAUUUGGAUACUUUCCACAUUGUGGCAAGGGAGCACUAUGCUAUUUUGCCAGUGGAUUGAUAUACAAGGAUGGAGUACAGAUACAAAAGACAGAGCCAUUUACAAACGACGACACGAUUGGAAUGUGUGUCGACACGCGUUCCAACUCGAUUUCGUUCUUUAAGAAUCAAAAACUUGUCGCACACACAUUCACAGGUAUCAUUGCUCAACUGUUUGACACAAAUAGCGAGAAUGAUCAAUCAAUGCAUCAGGAUCUCUAUCCAGCAGUUUCACUCAUCAAAAACAAUAUAGUUUCCAUCGUUCCAAAACCAAAUUUCAUUUUCCCAUCAACAACAAUCAUUCAACAACAUUCUGAACAAAAUAGUAGUAGUAGUAACAACGCAACAUCUACAACGAGUACUACAUCUACUACAUCGACGACUAUCCCAAAUAGCCACAUACAUCAUCCACCACCAGGUUUAAAUCAUCAUAAUUCUACCAUCAUUACUAAUAAUACAUUAAUACCACCAAACCAGAAUAAUAAUCAUAAUCACAAUAAUAUAUAUACAACAAAUAGUUCUACCACCACCUCCACGCCUGUAGCCACCACUUUGGCACCACCACCAUAUGGAUCAACUCCAAAACCACCUCCAACUCCACCCUUGACAAGUGACCCAGGGAAUUCAUGCCCAGUUUGCGGUAUUUCUCUUAUAUCAAUUGGAAAGGAUUGGGUAUCUGUAAAUAAGCAUAUAGAUGAAUGUUUAACACUUAGUUUAUUGGAUAAUGAACAAGGACAAAAACCAUUCUCAAUUACAUGUCCAUAUCCGAAUUGUAAAAAGCCAAAUUUAAUAUCAAAAGAUUUUGUUCCACAUUGUAAUGAUUCUCACUUUUUAGAAAAUAAUCAUAAUUAUACUUGUCCACUUUGUAAUGUAAAUGCAACCAAUCUCAUAAGUCAUCUAAGUAAAACUCAUAUUGCCUUGCCAUCAGUUAAAAAGGAAUCUUUUGUUGGAGUUGGUUAUUCAACCAAUGUAUUAGAUCAUGAUUUAGGUGAAGAAGAGUGUCCAGUUUGUUUGGAGGAAUUUUAUAAAGGUCAAAGUGUUGCCAGACUCGAAUGUUGGUGUGUUUUCCAUGUUGAUUGUAUCUCUGCCUAUUUACUUAAAUCUAAAAAAUGUCCUGUUCAUACUUGA